UUGCAGCUGCAGCGGAUUAAAACGAGCCGUCAUCAGGAGGGGAAAAUCUAACCCAUCUGUUGCCUGGUUGACGUAAAGCGGGUUCGAUCGAUCGGAGCGGCCAUUUUGGUUCAGCUUUCUUCAUUUCCACCUGUCAGAGGUGUGAGGUCACGGCGGGAUGCGUCCCGAUGGACGAGGCGGAGCACAGUCGCUAUGUGGCCCAGCUGAGAGCCGAGUUCGACCGCUGCGACACCACGGCGACGGGCUUCCUGGACCGGGACGAGCUGACGGAGCUGUUCAGGAGGCUGCAGCUGGACGCACAUCUGGAGCUGCUGCUGGACGCGCUGCUGGGAGAGCGUCCCUACGGCAGGGUGAACUUUGAGGAGUUUAAGGACGGCUUUGUGGACGUUCUGUCCCGCUCCCUGGACAUCAGCACCUCUGAGGAGGACAGCAGCUACCUGGAGCCAGCGCUCCCCCAGGAGGUGCAGCCUAAGCUGGUCAAAGGAACCAAACGCUACGGCCGGCGCUCCCGCCCAGAACCCCGGCCCGGUUCUGGUCUCACCGCCAACUCCGGGGAGUCCACCCCAUCCGGAAGCAACGCCGCAGACUCUUCUCCACCCGCCGUCCGCAGAGCCAAGCUCAGGAGGUCCACUUCUCUGGAGAGCCUGGAGGUGAGUCAGAACCACCAGCAGGUCCACCAAUGGCAACGGCAGUCAGCAGCAUGGGUCCAUUUCUGUGACGUUUUCUCUGCAGCAGAUCAGCAGGAGGACGGAGGAGCAGGUCCAGGUGUUCAGACCGCCGUGUGUGAUCCACUGGCUCUGCAGGAUGUGGAUGUUCUGCUCAGGAGGCUGGAUGGCCACCUGGACGGCCAGGCCGGGGUCCAAAGGUUCCGUCAGGGUCUGUGGAGCUCCGCCCCCACGUUAAGCUCCACCCCUCUGAGAUCAGCUAAGAACCAGCAGCUGGUACCGGAGGAGGGCCCGGCCCGCUCGGCGUCCCCCUCCCUGCUGACGGCCACUGUAGGUCCGAGAGUUCUGAGCCGGCUGGACGACGGGUCGGGGAGUACCAGCCCAGAGCGGGUGGCGGCCCUGUGGACGGAGGAGGGGAUCCGGAACAGCUGGGAGAUUCUGCAGACUCUGGACUUCUCCCUGGAGGACCGGCUCAGUCUGGCCGACCUGACCCUGGCUCUGGACAACGAGCUGCUGGUCAGCGGCAACGGCAUCCACCAGGCGGCGCUCAUCUCCUACAGGAGCGAGAUCCAGCACCUGCAGGAGGUGGCGGAGCAGGCCUGCAGGGAGCGGGACAAGCUGAGGGCCGACCUGGAGCUGGCCGACCACAGGAACCUGCAGCUGGUCCGGGAGGUGGACGACCGCCACGCCAGCAUGGAGACGCUCAACGAGAGCAGGAUCAGGGACCUGGAGCAGGACUUCAGGGAGCGGCUGACGGCGCUGCGCUGCCAGGCGGAGCAGGAGAGCGAGGCGCUGCUGCAGCAGGGGGAGCAGGAGUGCAGCGCGCUGCAGGAGGAGCUGCAGCUGCUCAGAGCGCAGGAGGCCGAGCUGCAGGAGGAGCUGGGAAGCGCCGCUCAGGAGAAGCAGCGGGUGGAGGAGGAGCUGGAGGCCACCAAGAUGAAGCUGAGGGACGCUGAAGGUUCUGUGCAGAGAAUGCAGAAGGAAGUGGAACAGCUGCUGAACCAAAAGUUUGGCAGUUUGGACCCGUCCGGCGCCGCUCUGAGCCAUGAGGAACGCUUCUCUGAGAUCCUCAGAGACUACGAGCUGCAGUGCCGGGAGCUGCAGGACAGAAACGAUGAGCUGAGCUCUGAGCUGGAGCUGCUGAGGAGCAGGAAGGGCAUCCAGCCAGCAGGGGGCGCCGCCAGCAGCCUGAGCUGGAGCCAGCAGUACCAGGACUCUGCAAAACCUUCAGCACCUGCUCCUCUUCCUCAGGGGAACUACUAUGAGAGGCAGCUGGACAUGAUGAAGCAGAACAUGGAGGUGGAGAGGAAGGACAUCUCCCAGGCCUUCAAGCUGGAGAUCAGUGAGCUGGAGGAGCAGAAGGUCCAGCUGGAGCAGCAGGUGAAGCAGCUGAAGGAGACGGUGGCCAGACUGCAGGUCCAGGUCCAGCAGGGAGGAGGGAGGAGCGGCGAGGUGGAGCGCAGGAUGCAGCGGGAGCGCGCCGAGCUGGAGCAGAACUACGCCACAGAGAUCAGCAACCUGGUCCAGAAGCUGAGCGGCGAGAAGGAGCAGCUGGAGGCGGAGCUAAAGCUCAGGAUGGACCAGGAGCUGAUGCGCGUCAGGAAGGAGAGCCAGAAUCGACAGGCCGAGGCUCGGCGCCGCCUCCUCCAGGAGAGGAAGAACCUGAAGGAGCAGCUCUGCAGCCUCCAGGAGGCCCAGGCUGGACUGGAGGAGGUUCUGGAAGCUUCCAGGACCAGGUGUUCGGACCUGGAGAACCGGCUGGAGGAGAGCAUCGUCUCCAGGGAUUCUCUAGAGGUUCUGAAAAGACGUCUGGUCUCUGAGAGGAGCUGCAUGCAGGAGGAGCUGCAGCAAGUGAGGGAGGAGGGGGCGGAGCUCCAGCUUCAGGUGGAGCAUCUGAGGGCGGAGCUUAGAGAGCGAAGCUCCUCCCCCACGCUGCAGACAGUCGCCCUCCUCAGGGCUGAGCUGGAGAAGCUUCAGGAGGUUCUGAGGAGCAGAACGGAGUCCAUUUCCAGACUGACGGCUGAACUGGACUCCUUAAAGACGGACCGGGACCGGCUGACCCAGGACCGGGACCGGCUGACCCAGGACCGGGACCGGCUGACCCAGGACCGGGACCGGCUGACCCAGGACCUGAAAGAGCAGGCCGUGGUCGUGGACACGCUGCAGCUCCAGCUGGACCAGAGGAGGAGCACUGAGGCUGCACUGCAGGAGGAGCAGAACCGGGCCUUACAUCUCCGGUCCAGUCUGCUGGAGGAGCAGGAGGAGGUGAGCCGCCUGAACCAGGAGAACAGAACCUACAUGCGUCUGGUGGACCAGCUGUCUGCUCAGAUCGUGGAGAUGGAGGAGGAGAUCUCCUCCCUGAGGGAGCACCUCCGAGGCCUCAGCCAGCAGCUCAACGACACCGCCGACCUGGUUCUGGACCUGCGGCGCCAGCUCAACUCCAGAACCAGCCAGGCGGAGAGGCUGCGGGUGGAGGCUGCAGACGGGACCUCGGAGCAGGUGGUGCUUCUGCAGCGGGCCCUGCAGAACUCUCAGAACCAGCUGAGCAGCACCAAGGAGGACUUUGAGCGCCAGAAGGGGAGGCUGGCCCAGCAGCUGAUGGAGCUGGAGAACCUGGUUCUGGACCUGGAGGACGGGUCCGAGGCGGCCGGUCCUCACAGGACUCAGCUGGAGGAGGUCCGAUCGGAAAACGCAGCUCUGCAGGAACGGCUGAAGGUUCUGCAGCAGGAGGUCCAGAACCUGGAGGACGAGGCUGAGAAGAAAAGGAGGAGGCUGCAGGAGGUGGAACUGGACCGGGAGCGGAGCAGAGAGGAGGAGGAGCGUCUGCACAGAGAGAACUCCAGCUACCGGGAGGAGGUUCUGGAGCUGAGCAGCAGGAACCUGCAGCUCAGCAGCGAGAACGGUGAGCUCAGCAGCCGUCUCCAUGGAGAGCAGGAGUCGGUCCGGAUGCUCCAGGAGCGCCUGGCAACGGUUACUAAGAAGCAAGAGGAGGAGGGAGCUGCAGUGCAGCAGCUGCAGGAGGAGAAGGUGAAGCUGCAGGAGGAGAUGGUGAAGCUGCAGGAGGAGCUGAUCUCCUUCAGGGAGAAGCUGGGCAGCCAAUCACAGCAGGAGGCGGAGCUUAGACGGCUGAUGAUGAAGCUGCAGAAGGUGGAGCAGGAGAAGCAGGAGCUGCAGAGGGAAACAGAGAACCGGACCCAACAGGUGGAGCAGCUGCAGCAGCAGGUGGAGCAGCUGCAGCAGCAGGUGGAGCAGCUGCAGCAGCAGGUGGAGCAGCUGCAGCAGCAGGUGGUGUCUCUGCAGGCGGAGGCAGAGCUGCUGCGCUCCCAGCUGCUCGCCUCCACCCAGGACAAACUAGGCCACGCCCAGGAGGUGACCCAGCUCCACAGGAAGCUGGGUGAGGCGCUCAGUAAGGUGGAGGAGACGCAAGCAGAUGUCAGGAGGCUGAUGGAGGAGAAGGAGGAGCUUCAGCAGAACCUCCAAGAUGAGACCCGGAGACUCCUGGUCCAGAACCAGGAGCUCCGACAGCAGGUCCAGGAAGUUCAGCAGCAGCAGAAGCUCAGGUCCAGAUUAGAAGCGGCGACGGCUCGGGCGCACGCCCAGGACCAGGAGAAGGAGCAGCAGCUGGAGGAGGAGGUGAAGCUGAGGAGAACCCAGCUCAGCAUGAAGCAGGAACAGUUCGACAAGGCCACGGCGGCGCUGCAGCGGCGGGCGGACCAGCUGGAGGUCCAGCUGAAGGCUCUGCGUCUGGUUCUGCAGGACAAGGUCCAGGAGCUGAAGGAGCAGGUGGAGAAGAACGUCCAGAGCAGCGGCCUGCUGAAGGACCUGUACCUGGAGAACGCCCAGCUGAUGAAGGCGCUGCAGGUGACCGAGCGCCGCCAGAAGCAGGCGGAGAAGAAGAACCGCACGCUGGAGGAUAAGGUCGGCGCUCUGAACCAGCUGCUGAAGGAAGUGGUGGCCACCGUCCUCUCCACCUGAGGGCGCCGGCCAAUCAGGAUGGGCGGGUUCUGCUGCCCGACCCAAACCAGCCUUAUUGUUUGUAGAAAAUCUGAUUAUUUCUAAUAAAACUUUUUAAUUA